GGCGUAAUUGAGUAACACACCAGCAUCACUUCCGGCCAACUCAGCGUCAGUGUUUUCAUUGCGCUGGUAACCUAAAGUACUUGCUGCUGUAGCGAUAUCAGGAGGGGCGAGUUUUGUGUAACUUACAGAUUUGUUUUUUUGGGAUAGUCAGAACAAUUGGCUUAAAAUGGUUUUGCUGACAAUGAUCGCUCGGUUGGCCGACGGGCUGCCUCUCGCCGCCUCCAUGCAGGAGGAUGAACAGGGAAGUGAAAAGCUGGGCCGGGACCUACAGCAGUACCAGAGCCAGGCCAAGCUGCUGUUUCGCAAACUCAACGAGCAGAGCCCCACACGCUGCACAUUGGAGGCCGGCGCCAUGGCCUUCCACUACGUGAUUGAGAAAGGCGUGUGUUACCUGGUCCUGUGUGAGGCGGGUUUCCCAAAGAAGCUGGCCUUUGCGUACCUGGAGGACCUUCAAGCUGAGUUCCACGAGCAACAUGGGAAGAAGGUCCAUAGUGUCUCACGCCCAUACUCCUUCAUAGAGUUUGAUACCUACAUCCAGAAAACGAAAAAGUCGUACAUAGACAGCAGAGCACGUAGGAACCUCGGCAGCAUCAACACGGAGCUCCAGGACGUGCAGAGGAUCAUGGUGGCCAACAUCGAGGAGGUGCUGCAGAGAGGGGAGGCCUUGUCCGCUCUGGACUCCAAGGCCAUGAACUUGUCCAGCCUGUCUAAGAAGUACCGCAGCGACGCCAAAUAUUUGAACACUCGCUCCACCUACGCCAAGCUGGCCGCCGGCGGCGUCUUCCUCAUCAUGCUCAUCGUCUACGUGCGCUUCUGGUGGCUCUGAAUUGGGGGGGGGCGGUUAGGACCUGAGGGGGGUGAAGGGAAGGCAGAGAAGCGGGAUCCAAGGAGGUCUGAAGAAGAACGUCCAGAUGGAGGAACAGAACAUAAAAGGCUACGUUACUACACCAGGAUCCAUCCUGCUCUUUAGACUGUCAGGCUGGAUGCCUUUCUGUUGGUAGAUCGACACAGAUCUGUAAUUUACUAUUAAUGUUAUUCUUAAUGCUGGGUUUAAUUGACAGCAGCACAACAUGUUUGAUAAUGGCUGAUGUGUAUGAGUGUGAGAGAGGAUCUGGUUUAAGUUAAAGAGGAUGUGCGUGCGUGGACGUGCUCUUUGUGUCAGUCUCUGUGUCUAAACACUAAUGGGUGCCUCACCUGCCUCAGCUUUUGUGCUGCAUGGCAGCGAUGGGGGGGGGGUGAUGAGGCACCUGAUCUGAGUACACCUGUCUCUGUGCUGUGACUUGGUCUUGCUGAAGAUUUCAAUGGGAGUUUUGUGUCAUCUUAACAGGAGUCAUGUUUACCUCGAGCACAAGGGACGUUUGUCAUGUCUGUGUCUGAGCUGAUGACCAUAAGUGUUACCGGACUGGAUUCCCAUAUGUAUAGACUGACAAACUUAACGGUACAUUGUAAAAAGUUUACAUAUAUGGUAUGUUAAAAAAAAGCAAGAAAACGACAUUAUUAGCAGUUUGAAGCAAAUAUGUACAUGAGCAAAUGAAACCUGCAGUUACAAGAAUAAAGUUAGCGACUGGCACAGAUUUUUGUCGCUGGAUAAUCAA